UAGCGGUUGCUAGGGAGCCAGGGGGGUGAGCACGGCGCCGGCUGCCGCAGUGGGAGUGGGAGCGGGACGGGAGCGGGAGCGGGAGUGGACGGUGCGGGAGCGGUGCGGGACGGGAGAUGCUGCCCGGCAAGUAUCGGGCGAGGCUGCUCGGAAACCCGAUUAAUACUUGCAGUCUUCAGUUAACUGUGCAGGCUUCAGCUGUCGGAGAUCGUUUAUCUCAGAAGCAGCAGCUUGAUUAUAGAGCAAAUAAGGAUCUCCUUCCUUCACAUAAACUUUUGAAUGUGGAUGGAGACAAGAAUUUCCAUGGAAAACCAGAAAUAACCUGUCAUGAUGAUCCACUCCGCCACUACUCAGAACUGUCAUUGAAGGAAACAGCUGGGGACAUGCCAUCACAAAGUCCCAGUUUACUAAAAUCUCGACAGGGCUCUCAAAGUGCUGUGCCUUUCCAUUCUCAUGGUCACGGAACCUUGCCGUACUUACCAGGUGACAAUGUCAUUUUCUCUGAGCUUCCUUCAACACCUGGAAUACCAGUUGUAUACCGCACACCCGAACAGCGGGCGGAAUAUGCAGACAGACUGAAUCUGGACAGGCGAAAUCUAACCGUCUGUCCAAUACUGGAGGGUGAGCAACAACUUCGCUUGUUGAAUUUCCAGCACAACCUCAUCACGCAGAUACAGCACGUUUCCAACCUGCGCCGCCUUAUCUUCUUGGACUUGUACAACAAUCAGAUUGAGGAAAUCUCGGGUCUUUCUUCUCUGAGGUCACUCCGUGUGCUUAUGCUGGGCAAGAACAGGAUCAAGAAUAUCUCCAAUCUGGAGAAUCUGACUGAUCUCGAUGUGCUGGAUCUUCAUGCAAACCAGAUUUCGAGGAUAGAGAACAUUAACCAUCUGACUGAACUCCGAGUGCUAAAUCUUGCAGGGAACCUCAUUGUUCAUGCUGAAAAUAUGAAUGGUCUUGACUCACUAACAGAACUCAAUCUCCGACGUAAUCACAUAGAAUCUGUGAGAGAUGCAGACUCUUUACCUUGUCUCCAAAGAUUUUUCCUCAGCUUUAACAACAUAUCCAGAUUUGAGAACAUUGCUUGCCUGGCAGACUCUGUAUCACUCUCGGAGGUCACCCUGGAUGGCAAUCCCAUAGCUCAGGAGUCAUGGUACAAGCAAACACUUCUCCGACACAUGGUGCAGCUCCGACAGUUGGACAUGAAGAAAAUCACAGAAGAGGAGAGGAGAAUGGCAUCGGUCAUGGCCAGGAAAGAGGACGACAAGAAACGUGAAAUCCACAAGCAGGCAAUCUUGAAGGAGAAGCGACGCUUGGCUAUUAGUAACGCUGCCAGACAGUGGGAGAUGCAGCAAACGUUCGCAACAGACAAGGAGGCACAGCAAGCAUACUCUCUCUGCACAGUCAGUAACAACAGUAUUCACAAGCCCUGCCACCUCACCCAGUCUGAGCAGGAACUGUGGCCCCGAGAAUCAAGCCUGCAGAGUCCUAAAAGCAGCAGUAGGAAGGAAAGAGCAGAGAGCAACAAGCAAGAACUCACCAAACCCGAAAAAUCCCAUAACAUGAGGUCUCCUGAUGGGAUGCUGGCCUCUGGAUUGCAGGGACUGUCCAUUGCAGAGUCUCACCUGGCGGAGCUGGAGAGAGAUACACUGCACUUGUACGGGCUAGGUGCCCUGGAAUCCCUGGAGCGCAGCUGGGGGGUGCAAUCCGCAGCUGCCGUCACCACCGUCUCCUUCAUGUUUAUCGACUUCGAUGAGAUUAUUCCCAUGUUGCCACGUUUAAGGAUUAAAUUCCCAAAUAUUUUGCAUUUCAAGUUCCAGGACACAAACCUACACAAACUGCAGCAGUUCAACGCGCUGGCACAGGGCCGCCGGUUGGACCAACUCACCGUCAGUCCUCAGGGCAACCCUGUGGUGAGCUUCAGUCUCUGGAAGUACUACGUCCUCUUCAGGCUCAGUCACUUUGGUCUCCAGAAAAUAAAUGGAGCAGAGGUAACUCCCAUGGAUGUGGUGAUGAGUGAGCGACUCUUUGGGAUUUUAGCACGUGUUGCUGCUUCACAUAUCCCCCAACCUCGCCUACUUUCAUUACUUGGUGAAAUCAAAAGGAAGCAACUGAUUUUCGUACUGGAGGGGAAGGGGAAGAAAGCCGGGCUGACAAUGGACGACUGCAAGGACAUCAAGCUUGGAGGCGAGAGCAUUGGCCGUGCCAUCCUGAACUACUCCAACAGAGACGCUACCUCCCAACAAUUCAAGGAAACUAAGACAUUUUGCCAAGUGUACGUCCAGAGACUGGUUAAAGAUGCAGCUCUUAUUGAUGUUAAAAAUGAAUCGCUGCACAAGCUCUGGCCACAGAUCUUCAUUGAACUUGUGCGAGACUGUGUCAUCCAGAUGAGCAAUAAGAACUCCCACAUGAAACUGUGCCUGAGAAACAUCAUGCAGCGGAAAUGAGGAGGAAGCAGAUCCACAUUCAGCAUUGGCCAUCCUCUACCCUGAGAGAGCUGACAGCACCUCAAUCACACCGCCAUUCACACAGGAGCGUUCCUUCAGCAUUUGGACUUCAUUGGAUCAAGUAUUGCCAAAUCGGUUGUUAAGAAACCUGCAAUGGGAAACUGAAAUCACACUGGUGAAGGAAGCCAAAGCCAUUGUUACACUAGUCUUCCCCUUCUAAUGCAGGUAGCAGAACAGUCUGUCAUGUUAGACCUCUACUGGGAGGAGCUCUGCUUCUGUUACCUGCUGACUCUAUCUCUGCUGGGCUUAGACCAAAACGUGUAUUAACUGAAUGUUUUCCCCUCUCAUUACUUUGGGAUGAUGGAGUAGUUGUGAGCAGAGUUACAACUUGUGAAUUCCAGCUCAUUGUUUACUCAUGUUAUUAAUAAUCCAGAAAUGUGGCUGCAUAGAACCUGCUGGUUUCAUGUAAGGUAUUAUCACAGCAGUUCAAUAGUAAAUUUUAUUAUCAUUAGAAACAUUUCUUGUCUAAAUUUGAACUGGGCAAUGCUUGAAAAUGGAACUAAAGAUGGCCUGUCAGCAGUGUGUUGUUGCAUGAUGGACCAGGCCUUCCUUGGGGCCACUGGACUGCUGAGGGUACUCGGCCUGUUUCAGGUUUGUACACCUGUAUGUGGGGUCGUUCUGUGUGUACGGUGGACCCACAUUGGCCCCCAAGACUGGACAACAAUUACACCACUCACGUGUGGCACGGGUUUCAGCAGCAAUUGUGUUCCAUGAUCUUUGUACCAUCUGGCAGGUGCCAAUAUUAUCUCUUGACUGAAGAUUUUACAGUGUGAGUUAAUGGAUGCUAUUUUUGAGUUUAUCUUGCCACUGCAGGGAAAGGAGCAAAUAUUAUGCACAGCUUUGAUGAUAUUUGAUGUUUUAACAGCUAAUAUCAGCUUUCAUUGUAGACACACAGGCUGUAGCUAUUCAACUCUGGUCAGUUUGGCUGUUCAGUUGGUUUUUAGGCUGCUCUGAACCACAACACCAUCUAUCUGCCUUUGCUCUGUCAUCUAUAUCACUUUUCAACAAAAAUCUAACAGUCUCGGCAGAAUUGUGCCUGUUAAUUAAAAUAUUAUCCAAUGAUGUGUUAACUAAAAUAGUCAGCUCACCACGUCAAGUCUUCAAUGCCAAGAGUGUGCCAUUGUUUACUGCAUUGAAUCUCCCAUCAUGAACCUGAUUUGAGGCAGUUCACCGAUGGAGUUGGAGCCAAGGCAGCAGGCACAGUUACGAUAGAUCAUGAAUGUGGAUUCAUUGUGAAGUUAUGUGCCAAGUGUGCUACACGGGUGUGGGGCACUGCAUGUGCAUUGGAUCUGGCCACUCAGUAUGCAUUCCAUCACACCGCAUGCUUGCGGACAAGAAGCGCAUUUACUACUCGGAUUUUCUGUCUCCUCCAUAAAAUGACAAAUUUGAGUAAAACCCUGUGAGAUUUUAAAAAUAUUAUUUUAGUUUCUCGCUUGAAUAGUUAACGUACUUUGCUUGGAGUUGUUCAGUUCUGUGAGGAUCUGCACUAGGGUUCAAUGGUGUAAGAGAUGGAACCCACAGCAGGCAAAUCUGGAGGUUCUGGUUUAUUGAUUACAUUUUAUCAUUUCAGUAAUUAAUCAUUUUCAAUUUAAAUGUAAUAAUUUACCAGACUAACGUCAAUCAUUAAUUAUUGUUUAACUAUUCUAAUUUUAUAUGCUUGAUUAAUUUCUAUAAUACAAUGAUUUUCAGGUAACUUGAUUGCUGGUACACUGCUUAUUUCGCAAUGAUUUCUACUCAUUGCUGGUUGUAUAUGAAAAAAAUCAUUAAAGUUUGUU